AUGACACCCUCCAUCGUGAAGGCAUUGACAACUGCUGGAGCGCCAGAGACACCACAGAUUGAGGAUCACGAUAGCGAAGCCAAGUCCAACGAACCACCACAAGCAACCCUAGAGCCUUCCUUGGACGAGCCUGAACUCGGAAAGCCCAUAUCGCAUAGCCAAAUAGUCGGCCUAUGGAAACGCUUAAAAGCUCAAGGCAACGCAAACUACACUCUCGAGCAACUACUUCGCGGCGCAUCCGUCUACAUCCCUCCUCCGCCCCCCAAACCCGAACCUUCACCCCAGUACAAAGCCCUCAUGGCCCGCCUCCGCCGCGACGAAGAAGCCCGCUCCUACGAACGAAUGAUCAACCCCGUCCCGCAACAAGAAACCUUCAAGACCCGCUUCCCCUACAGCGCCGCCGGUUUUGCCGAAGCGAACCGCCCUACAUCAGCAGCAGAUAUCGGCGACGAGGACAUUGCAAUGGAAGAAGUGCAUAAGCAAGUCACGCUGAUCAUCAAUUUUCUGGUCAGCAUUGCUGGUGUUGCCGGCACGUUAUGGGUUACAGCGCGGUGGUGGAGCGUUUCAUCGAGGUUAUUUUUAACUAUGGGUGGAAGUAUUCUCGUUGCUAUUGCGGAAGUAGUGGUCUACAAUGCGUCUUCAAGUCCAGCACUAAAUGGUCGGCCGCGAGCAAAACCACUACGAACAUACGGCAAACGAAGCAUUCGAGAUGAUUCCCCGAAGGAAUCGAAUACGAAGAAGCAGCGCGUAUCGAGUGAAGCAACGUCCUCAGAAACAUCAAUAUCCAAGAAUACAAACACGAUAGCACAACCGCUUCCGAAGAUUAUUGUGGCGGAGACCAAGGACACAACCGAAUUCACCACGAAUACAGACAAACUUACCGCCAAUCCUCCUAAGAAGGGCUCGAUCAUGAGCUUUUUCAAGCCCAUUCCCUCAUCAUCGUCAACAGCGGCAUCUAGCCCCAAGAGCGACGAACCACAGCCCGAAACAACACCACCUUCUUCACCACCUCAACCGGCUAGGAUAGAAACGCGAAAGAAGCCCCGGUUGCUCCGCUUUCGCGGUACCUCACUACCAGUACCCGACAACAAGAACACAGAGGAUGCCCAAGGAGAGCUUACAGAAGCAGGGGACAGUAGCUCGAGAUCGGCAAUACGAGACAGCUCGUUGAAUCGAGAAUCGAGCACGGGUGAUGUAAAAGCUGGAAAGAAGGCAAAGGCAAAACUAUCGACUGUCCAGACGACGCUUAACCUUUCUGCCCAAGCAGCGUUCUCGGAAUGUAAGAUAUGUAAUACGGUCUGGAAUCCGUUGUAUCCGGAUGAUGUGAAAUUCCACACCAAGCAGCAUGCUGCCGUUUUGAGAGCAAGAAGGAAGGAGAAGGAAAAUGAAUUAUAG